GCCCCUACCCAGCGGGAUUCCUCAUUGAGGCCGUGUUGGAAAAUGUGGCCCAAAGUCUUGGCAAAGUUGCAGCUGAUGUGAAAGAGGCCAACCUUUACAAAGAAGGCCAGAUUGACAUACUUGGCCACGAACUAAGGACUGCACGAUGGGUAAGUUGUGGCAACAGCUGAGACAGGCGUCCGAGUUCGACAAACGACGGGGAGAGGUCGACACCUUCAACAAGGGAAACCUCUGGAAGAAACGAGGCAUCACCAUGACACCAGCCAAAUACGGAUUCUUCUACAUGGGUGCCGGCGUGUCUGUAGAUGUUGCCAUAUACAGCAGAGAUGGCACUGUCACCGUCUCCCAAGGGGGUGUGGAGAUGGGACAGGGACUCUACACAAAGGUGCUGCAGGCGGUGGCAAGCACCCUGGGUAUACCCCUCAACAUGGUGCGAAUGCGACAUGUCAACUCCCACUUGGCCGCCAACAACACCGUCACAGGUGGGAGUGUUUCCAGCGAGCACGCCGUCCAGUCCGCCAUAACCUGUUGUGAGACACUGAAUGAAAGGUUGCAGCCAUUCCGGACCAAGCAUCCCGACUACGACUGGAAAAACAUCAUCGGCGUGGCAAGCCUCGCCAACGUUGAUCUCACUGCGAAGCACAA